AUGUCGCUCUACGGCACCAUGGACCGGUCGUUCUAUCCGACCAGCAGCAGCACAGGGUACCCCACGUACUGCACAUGCGGUGGCUGCAUGCCCAACUAUAUCUCACAGCGCACAGUAACCCGGGUAAUGUACGGCGCACUCCAGGCCAUGCACGAUUUGCGGCGAGAGGCCGAGCGGCUUUCCCCAGGCCAAAUCAUCGACGACCCUGGGCUCCUCUGCAGCUACCCGUACAACUGGAUUCCGCCGCACUCCACCGAGCCAACAACAGAGGCGCUUUUGGGCGCAGCCAGUAUUCUGUGCGUCAUCUACCUGAUCCUGAACGAGGGCGGCGUGCCAAACCCCGAAAGCAUCCGGAGCGUGUGCAAUAAGGAGACGGUGCGGCUGCCCGGCACGCACGAGUAUGUGCGGUGUGGCGGCUCGGUUAUAUACGUCUUGCAGGAGCUGACGCAGCAGGUGGAGAGCGAUUUGGCCGGAGAAGCGCUGUAUGUGGAUCCGGACGACCUGAUCGAGGCGCUGGCAGGCAUUCCGCCAUGUGCCACGGACGACGAUUUGGAUAACUGGCGGCGGCAGCUCAACAUUGACUGA